GAGACGGCCGCGGCGGCGGCGACAGUGGGUUCGGUUGCGCGUAGCGCACGGGGUAAGAGCGCAGCCCAGGCCGGGAAGAGGGGCCGCCGCCGCCGAUACCAUGGGGAACGUGUUGGCCGCCAGCUCUCCGCCCGCGGGGCCGCCGCCGCCUCCGACGCCGUCGCUCGUGGGGCUGCCGCCGCCGCCGCCUUCCCCGCCGGGCUUCACGCUGCCGCCGCUCGGGGGCGGCCUGGGCAGCGGGUCCAGCGCGGGCCGCGGCUCGGAGCGGACUCCCGGGGCUGCGGCCAGCGGCGCCGCGGGGGCCUCGGACGAUGGGGGCUGCGGCUGCCUGCCCAACCCGGGCACGUUCGAGGAGUGCCACCGGAAGUGCAAGGAGCUGUUUCCAGUUCAGAUGGAGGGUGUCAAACUUACAGUUAACAAAGGGUUGAGUAACAGGUUCCAGGUGACCCACACAGUAGCCCUCGGCACAAUUGGAGAGUCCAAUUACCACUUUGGGGUCACGUACGUGGGGACAAAGCAGCUGAGUCCUACGGAGGCCUUCCCCGUGCUGGUGGGUGACAUGGACAACAGCGGCAGCCUCAACGCACAGAUCAUCCAUCAGCUGAGCCCAGGCCUCAGGUCCAAGAUGGCCAUCCAGACCCAGCAGUCGAAGUUUGUGAACUGGCAGGUGGAUGGGGAAUACCGGGGCUCCGAUUUCACGGCGGCUGUCACCCUGGGCAACCCAGAUGUCUUGGUGGGUUCAGGAAUCCUGGUGGCCCACUAUCUCCAGAGCAUCACGCCAUGUCUAGCCCUGGGCGGGGAGCUCGUCUACCACCGGCGGCCUGGAGAAGAGGGCACUGUCAUGUCUCUAGCUGGGAAAUACACACUGAACAACUGGUUGGCAACAGUAACACUGGGCCAGGCAGGCAUGCACGCCACAUAUUACCACAAAGCCAGUGAUCAGCUGCAAGUGGGCGUGGAGUUCGAGGCUAGCACCAGGAUGCAGGACACCAGCGCCUCCUUCGGGUACCAGCUGGACCUGCCCAAGGCCAACUUCCUCUUCAAGGGCUCUGUGAACAGUAACUGGAUCGUGGGCGCCACGCUGGAGAAGAAGCUGCCUCCCCUUCCCCUGACCCUGUCCCUCUGCGCCUUCCUGAACCACCGCAAGAAUAAGUUCCUGUGCGGCUUUGGCCUCACCAUCGGCUGAGCCCUCUCGCCCUUGCCCUUCCUCUGCAGACCACCACUGGGCCGGCCGCCCUCCCCUCCUCUCCCUCCCUCCUGGGGUCAGGGCAGCGGGAAGGAGGGGACCCACCUCAUGCCAGAGGAUCCCCAGCGCCAGGGGACAGUGUCCAAGGAGCCUGGGGUCCCGGAGGGAGUUCUGGAAUUUGAAGGGCACUCGAUUAUGAGCGCCCUGGUAGAGGUGGCUGGACAGGCUCAGGGACGAAAGACGUGACGUGACGUCCCUGUCCUCCUGAGGGCGGCAGAGGAGCGCCCGGCCGCCCGUCACUUUUCCCCUCCACCCUCCAUAGAAAUCAUGUUUAUAAGUUAUGGAAGAACGGGACAUUUUACAGAAAAAACAUAAAAAACAAAAAAUGCACAAGGAAAAAAACUGA